AUCGCUCAGAACGAACAGGGACGGCCGGCCAGCAGCGACGGUUCCAGAGACACUGUCCUUCGUCGUGCAGCACUCUCCAACGCCGGUAUCUGGAGUUGAGCGAGCUGCAGUGUACUGACAAGUUCAAGAAUAUAGUCAAAUUUGAAGUUCCACAAGGUCGAGGACAAGGUUAAGUCUUUCUCGGACGGCGAAGGUGUUCAGCGCAAGAAUUGAAUGGAAGAGAAGAUUCUGUGCUGACUAGAAUUAGGCUGGGUUUUUGAGGAAUGCUUUGCAAGCAUGAAUAAGUCAUAAAUGUUUUGCUAAGGUUGUCAGAAGGCGGAUGGCAUCUUUGAUACUUGUCGAAGCUUCCAAGUUUGCGAACAUUAAUUAGCACAAGUUUUUCAGUCCUAAUACAAAGUCCAACAUGUUCGCAUAAAACUCAAGGGUAUAACUUUUAAAGGGAAGAACGACUCGGAAUACAAUGAAGUAAAUGUGAAUAAAUGUUGCUCAUACCCGAACAAAGUUCUUACGGCGAGUCAAACAUACGACCAAACGGAAAGAAGGAAUAUACAAGAAAAGGACAGUGAAAGGAAGCAAAUCUUUUCUGGAAGACAGCACACAACCUUUGGGAAUAUCUUUAGUAGGGCAAGCGGUGUUUCGAGUAACUCGCUGGCCUAAGGCUGAUAUGUGAAGCUGUCAACAGGAACGUCGUCGCUUGAAUACACGGAAACAAUGACCGUGAAAGCAAUUUACAGAAAAUAUUGCGCCAAGCGUUAAGAUAGGCGCAAGGAAGCAGUCGUUGGCGAUCGUGUGUGUUUUGAAAUUGCGUGCAAGUACAAGAAACAUAAAAGCCACGUAUAAAUACGAGUCGCAUGUCCUGGAACUGAGAAUAGGGUAGCAGAAAGGCACCUAACCACUAGUAUUUCAUUAGAAUAUAGACGUGAAUGUCCUGCCUCACUGGUCAGUGAUGCGAAGAUAACUGAAGCACAUGCGACAAAACUUCCGUGAUAAAAAAGAUAGCUGCUAUAUUACGUCAACUAGGAUACCAGCGCAACACUGCUUAAAGAACAGAAGGGAAGGGAGGAAGAAAAACAAGAUGGUGGCGCACACCUUUGUGGCAUUGGACUAUGUGGUGCUCGUUUCCUUUCUCCUGCUGUCCACGGGAAUCGGCGUGUUCUUCGCCUGGCACGACCGCCGUGGGAAUUCCAACCGACGGUUCCUGACAGCCAACAAGCAGAUGAACUGGCUGCCGGUGUCCCUCUCAAUGAUGGCCAGUUUCCUGUCGGCCGCUUCGGUCCUCGGUCUACCUUCAGAGGUGUUCGUGCGUGGUUCAACUUUUGGGCUUGGUGUCAUAUCUACCACUCUAGCGGUCCUCAUGGCUGUGUUUAUCUUCAUGCCGAUGUACUACAAGAUGGACAUCACUAGCAUUAACGAGUACCUGGAGAAGAGGUUCACUUCACGGGUCAUCAGGAAGAUAGGGUCCUUACUUUUCAUCGUGCACACGCUGCUCUACCUGGGCGUUGCGUUAUACGGUCCAUCACUUGCCCUCGGGUCUGUGACCGGUUUCCCGGUAUGGUCUUCCAUACUCUUGAAUGGCGCCGUCUGCACAUUCUAUACGUCAAUAGGUGGUAUUAAAGCAGUGGUGUGGACUGACGUCGUCCAAGUGGUCCUCAUAUAUGUCGCCUACAUCAUGGUCAUUGCAACUGGUCUGCAUCACUUAGGAGGCUUCGGCGCUAUGUGGCAAAUCGCAAGCGAUGGAGGCCGCCUAAUUUUCAAUAACUUCAGCGUAAGCCCAUACGAGACCUACACGGUGUGGACCAUGGUUUUUGGCUGGACCAUCACCUGGAUGGGCAUGUACUGCGCCAAUCAGACGCAGGCUCAGCGCUACUCGAGCAUAGGAUCACUGAAGGGUGCCCGCAAGGCUCUCAUGCUAAACAUUCCGGGCAUGGCACUCAACGUAACGAUGGCCGUGUUGUCGGGGCUAACCCUGUAUGCUGUGUACGGCAGCUGCGAUCCCAGGCUCACUGGUGACAUCCGCAAGGCAGACCAGCUCGUGCCGUACAUAGUACAAGACAAGCUCCACGAGUACCCCGGCCUGAGCGGUUUGUUGGCUGCUGCUGUCUACAGCAGCUCUCUCAGCACGCUCUCAUCCGGGUACAACUCCCUAGCGGCUGUGACGUGGGAGGACUUCCUGCGCCCUUCGAUAAAAACUUCUGAAGCAUCUGCUUUGCGGAUAACCAAAUUGACGGCUGCUACGUACGGACUUCUUUCGAUAUCAAUUGCAUUCCUCGUUGGAACUAUGGGAUCCAUUGUGCAGGCUGCCUCAUCCCUGUCAGGUGCGCUGUGUGGUCCAAUGGUGGCCGUCUUCGUCUUGGGCUUCUUUUUUCCCUGUUGCAAGAAAAAGGGUGCCAUAGCUGGAACGGUGGUGUCGAUAAUAAUCUCUGGUUGGAUGUCACUUGGAUCUAUUGUGUACCCGCGGAAACCGUAUACUCUGCCCACGACCACAACGGGCUGCGCGGAUUUUAACGAGACCAUCAUAUCCGGAUCAUACGAACCACCGCCACAUCCAAGCGGGAUCUACCAGUUUUACCACAUAUCUUUCAUGUGGGUCGCCUUCGUUGGUUUCGUCGUCCACGUGGUAGUCUCAUUGGCCGUAAGCCUAGCCUUCGAAUGGAAUGAGUCGGAGUAUGUAGAUCCAACAUACGUAUGCCCUCUCGUCCGGAAGUAUAUGCGGAAGAACCUGAGCCAGCGAAAUACGAGAGGCGACAAUGUCAAGGAGGUCGUGCCAGCAAAUCCAGCGGCAGCGACGGAAAUUAAAGCCUUGAUCUUGGAGCACCAGGAACGUGCUUAACCACAGUGCAGAGGAGAGUUUACCAUGAGAAGACACAUAUCCUCUCUAUUAAUGGCGACAAGCAGGAUAGGCAGGACGCUGACUUCUAGUCAGAAGGCAUUUAUAUCAACAAUAGCCUGCAAUGCUUCUCGUGCUUUGCUUUGAUUAUUCAAGAACCAUAGGCCGAAUUUUCCACUGUGUAGGAACACAUAUGAAGGAAAAAUACGCCGUCUACCUUGGUGUAGCUGCAGAAAAACAUUUGUAAUUUGAUGAAAGACAAUGAGAAAUACGGAGUUAAAUAAUGGCUCAGUCCACGGCAUCGGAUGAUAAAGAUCAGACAUUUCGUGCUUGUCACGCUGCCAAAUGCGCCCGUUAGAAGACCAGGAAAAGCAUGGAUCACAUCACAUAUUUGUAAACUGUAAGUGCUCGGAAUUUUUAAAACGAAGGAGUUUGGGAAAUUCAUGAAGGUGGGAAAAAAGGGGAAACGGAACGAUGAGAACCUCACGGCAUCGAAUGAUGAAGAUCAGACAUUUCAUGCUUGUCAUGCUAACAAAUGCGCCCGUUAAAAGACUAGGAAAAGCAUGGAUCACAUCACAUACUUGUAAACUGUAAGUGCUCGGAAUUUUUAAAACGAAGGAGUUUGGGAAAUUCAUGAAGGUGGGAAAAAAGGGGAAACGGAACGAUGAGAACCUCACGGCAUCGAAUGAUGAAGAUCAGACAUUUCAUGCUUGUCAUGCUAACAAAUGCGCCCGUUAAAAGACUAGGAAAAGCAUGGAUCACAUCACAUACUUGUAAACUGUAAGUGCUCGGAAUUUUUAAAACGAAGGAGUUUGGGAAAUUCAGGAAGGUGGGGAAAAAAGAGGGAAACGGAAUGAUGAGAUUCUCACGGGAACAAGAUGUAGUCAUAUCGUAAGUUGGUUAAGGCUACGAAAAAAAAAAACGAUGACUAACUGAUACACGGGCAAAACAGCUUUUGUACGCGGCAGAAAAUCUUUUUUCUCCAUUAUCGCUAUCUACAAACGAUGGCAUCUUUCGCGGCUGCUGGUGGGGUAGUGAGAGCAACACAGGGAAACACGUGUACUGGAUAGUCAUUUUCUUUGAUUUAACGGAUGCGUUUGACUCUGAAGCAAGAUGUAUUUCAAAAUGUGGCUCUACUAUAUUUUUACCAGGAGUUUCAAGUUAGUUUAUUAAAAUUUAUUUAUAUUGUUGCGGUACAACGCGGACAGAACACAGGGAGACGUUCUUCACGAACAACAUGACAAUCUGUUCAAAAACAAACACAGCAGAGACACGUCUUCUUCGUCAUCAUCCAAUCUCACUCAGACCCACUAGGCGAAGUCCGUUAGUGCUCCCAUCGUCGUCGUCGUCGUCUGCAUAGAAUACACGCGUCAAUAUUCAUCGCCACAAUUUGUGUCGUUCAAUAAAUUUGACUCCCAAAUACAGUG